UCACGGCCUGGCUGCCCCUGGACGCCUUUGUCACCAUGUGGCUCCCAGUUCUGUGCCUUGCCCUGUCCCUGGUGGGGACCGGUGCCGCGCCCCCCAUCCAGUCUCGGAUCAUAGGAGGCUGGGAGUGUAAGAACCAUUCCAAACCCUGGCAGGCGGCUGUGUACCAUUACAGCAGCUUCCAGUGUGGGGGCGUCCUGGUGGACCCCCAGUGGGUGCUCACAGCCGCUCACUGCAAGAACGACUAUUACCAGAUCUGGCUGGGACGCCACAAUCUGUUUGAGGAUGAAGACACAGCCCAGUUCUUCCUCGUCGCUAAAAGCUUCCCACACCCUGGCUUCAAUCUGAGCCUCCUGGAGAACAACAACCGCCUCCCAGGAGAGGACUACAGCCACGACCUCAUGCUGCUCCAGCUGGCGCAGCCCGCCCAGAUAACAGCCGCCGUGCAGGUCCUGGCCCUGCCCACCCAGGAACCUGUACUGGGGAGCACCUGCUAUGCCUCCGGCUGGGGCAGCAUCGAACCAGAUAAGUUCACAUACCCGGAUGAACUCCGGUGUGUGGACCUCACACUCCUGUCCAACGAUGUGUGUGACAACGCCCACUCCCAGAACGUGACAGAGUACAUGCUGUGUGCUGGGCACUUGGAGGGCGGCAAGGACACAUGCGUGGGUGACUCAGGGGGCCCGCUGAUCUGCGAUGGUGUGUUUCAAGGAGUCACGUCCUGGGGCCACAUCCCGUGUGGCAGGCCCAAUAAGCCCGCUGUCUACACCAAACUGAUACCCCAUGUGCAGUGGAUCCAGGACACCAUAGCAGCCAAUCCCUGAAUGCCCCCACCCUGUCCCCUACCCCCAGUAAAAUCGAA